AUGGUGCUGAGUGGGAGCUCUUUUUCAGAAUAUCUCUAUGUAGUGUUUGUCGCAUUUUGCGCCGAUUGGUGUCCGUUCAGCCAAAGACUUAAACCAGUUUUUGAGGAAGCAGCUAAAGAAUUUGCGAAAGAAAACCCAACGGCAAACGUUGUUUGGGCUCUUGUGGAUAGCGUUAAGCAGGUAAUCUCGUUCCAGGCAAGCGUCGCUGAUAAAUACUAUGUGACUAAAUAUCCAACAAUGAAAGUCUUCAUCAAUGGAGAAUUGGCCACUAAAGAGUACAGGUGA